AUGCUCAACGUCAGCGCCAAGAUGAACAAAGCACUGAUUGAGAUUGGCUACAUGGACAAGGAAGCAGCAGCUCAACAUUUGGAAGCAGAAGAACUUACACACGAGCACAUCUGUGACAAGGCCGAGGACGCUUACCGUACACUUUUUGACAAACAGCAAUGGCCUGCGGCGAGACCCACCAUCCGAGACUCCAAGACUCCGUAUGCCAAGAUGGCCAAGACAUUCACCCCCGAUGACGUCCAGAACCACGCUUACGCUCUGAUCCACCAACAGACCGGUUCAAAGGGCAAGGCCAAACCUGACGACAUCUGCUUGAACUGUGGAGAGAAAGGACACUGGGCUCGCGACUGCAAAAGUGACAAGAAGCCCAAGCGACCUUUCAACAACAACAAGAAGAGUAAGCAUCAAAAGGAUAAGCACGGUUCCAGCUGGAAGACUACUCCACCUGCUCCUGGUGCACCUGAGACCAAGAAAGUCCGCGGAAAGGAUUUCAACUGGUGUGCUCACUGUGGACGUUGGUCGACCACCCAUGGUACUGACGGACAUACCAAUGAUGCCACCAAGCGCGACUUGAAAGGUUCGGGACCCCAAGCAAAUCAUCUACGCUUCGCUGGAGCCUGGUACACUCCCUUCCGCAAUGAUCAGCCCAGUCUUCUGUCCCUACGUGUGGUCUGGACCAUCCUCCAACACCUCUUGAGCUACCUUCCCCAGUUGGUUGUUGCAUUCUUCUUGGCCCGUUCCAUUGGAGUCACUACACCAAAUGUUUCAGCUUUCAUUGCCGAUCAAGUCUCAACAGCAUCCUCUUUCUUGGCCGAUCAAGUUUCCUUCAUGAUGAGUCAAGCUACCGCCGCCUCCGCCUACCUACUCACUGCCGCUUCCACUGUCAUUGCUGCCUUUGAAGGAUCCCCCACCAACCGCCUUGCUCCGCUCCUGUGGUUCACCCUUCUGAUCCUCGUGUCCCUUCCUACCAAAGUGCAACAUCGACUCAUUGGGUCCCCGCCUCAAGAAUUUCGCCCGUUCCGGAUGACCAAAGCCAAGUACAAACGUUACAUUCGACAUUGUCGCCGUCAGCGCCGUCCCACUUCCUUCAGUCAUCGCCGUCACACCCGUCAUUAUGGUCUCGCCACCCGCCGUCGCCUCGACCCACGAUCUCAAGAUAUCUUCGACUUGGUCCAACAUAUCAUUCAGUUUUCGGAGUCUCUCACGUUUCGUCGUUCCCGUCGAGAGGGAGAUAAUUGGAGAAGCAACAGAAGACAUCAGAGAAAUCACAAUGAUCAAAGCAAUUGGCAGAGAACAAACGACGGUUGGAGAAACAUGAACGACAACGAACCUAGUACCCCUCAUGCUACCACUUCCCGCGAAACACCCCGUGAUGACCAUCAGCGUCGGCGUCCUGGCGAUCCAAACUGGACCUUCUACCAAGGUCCCCGCCAGCGAAGUGAAGAUGAUGCCUUCCGUUUUGAUCCUCCCAGACCUCGCUCCUGUCGCCACGACUCCUCCAGACAUUGUUCCGAUCGCCAUGACCCUUCUUCGACACCAAGUGACGACAUCUUCCGCCACUUCAAUACCUUUCCGAGAACGGAUCGAAUGCGCAGACGAAGGAUGACACGUCGACGUCAACCAAGCAUGCCACGAAUCUACAGACCUACCGUUGGCGUCGGACUCCCAAUGGCUCACGUUGCCGUUCUAUCGUCUCCCGCGGCCAAAGCCUUCUUCAAGAACGCCGAUAUUCCACAACGAUUCAGCAAGGUCAUCAACUGCUUCCGUGCUGCAAUGAAUCCAGAUGAAUUGAGAUCAGAUAUGUCAGGUGAUGAAAAGACGACAAGAUACCCGAUAAUCUGGGAUUCCGGUGCAACAACUUCGAUCUCACCUUACAAGGACGAUUUUGUGGGAAAGCUUGAGCCAGCACCUCUUGGACUCAAGCUUCGUGGAAUCGCUAGCGGCCUGGAAAUCAAAGGGAUUGGACAUGUUGCAUGGUCAGUGGUUGAUACAACUGGCAUGUUACGAACAAUCAAGGUGCCUGCCCUAUACGUACCUUCUGCCACAGCUCGAUUGCUCAGUACCUCAAGUUUGCUCCAGACAUACACCGAUGAGUCCAUCUCAAUGAACGCUGAUCAUCUACAGUUGUCUGGAUCAGACAAAACAAAUUCGGUACACGUUGACCACGACCCUUCAACGAACUUGCCAACAUCUCUUGCCUACUCCCAUGGAACUGCCCCUAACCGAUUCGACGCAUUCGCCAGCAUCAUCACGUCCACCUUGGAGUCAAACCACAACCUCAGUCCCGCCGAGAAAGAACUCCUAAGAUGGCACCAUCGGCUAGGCCAUCUCAACUUCAGUCAGAUCCAAUUUCUCCUCCGCACAGGUGUAUUGGCACAUUCAGAGUCCGCUCGACGAUUGCAAGCUGCAGCAUCUCGGAUCACAACAUACCCACUAUGCCCAGCUUGUCAAUUUGGAAAACAACGUCGUCGACCGUCUCCUGGAAAGACUUCUCGAGUCGUUCGUGAUCGAGAGGGAGCUUUGAAGAAAGAAAACCUGUUCCCAGGACAAAAGGUGUCAGUUGAUCAUUUUGAGUGUACCACAAGAGGACGAUUGCUGCAUACCUUUGGCAAAGAAGAUCCCAAGACACAGUACACUGGAGGAUGCAUCUUCGUUGACCAUGCAACAGGUUACGUCUUCGUCGAGCACCAAGUUCAUCUGAACACCCAAGAGACGCUGAGUGCAAAGAUAUCUGUGGAAGAACAACUUCGAGAUUUUGGAGUAGUUGUACUCGAAUAUCUAAGUGACAAUGGAAGGCCCUUCACAUCGCAAGAAUACAAUGAUCACUUACUCAAGUUCUCACAAAUCCACUCAUUUGCUGGCGUCGGAGCUCAUCAUCACAAUGGAAUUGCCGAACGAUCAAUACAAACCAUCAUGUCCAUCGCUCGAACCAUGAUGAUGCAUCAGGCCAUCCAUUGGCCUGAUGUCGCAACCACCACACUCUGGCCCCUCGCAGUGGAUCAAGCCGUCUUCCUCUACAACCACAUGCCCAACCAAUCAUCUGGUCUCUCACCACACGAUCUGCUUACCAAAACCCGUUGGAAACAAUCACAACUUGCCGAUGUUCAAGUUUGGGGAUGCCCAGUGUAUGUCUUGGACAAACAGAUGCAAGAUGGAAAGAAACUUCCUCGGUGGAAGCCUCGAUCCACCCGCCAGAUCUACGUUGGAAUGAGCAAGAGACAUGCAUCGUCAGUUCCACUUUGUUUGAAUCCCGACACAGGAGCCAUCACCACGCAAUUUCAUAUUGUAUUCGAUCCUACCUUCUCGACUGUGGCAACAAAUGUUGACGACCUACCUGAUUUUGGUUCGGACGCCUGGUCCAAACUCUUUGGAGACUCCGUCUACCAAUAUGUUCUGGAUGAUCCCGAGGACCCAUUGCAUCCACCUGAUCCCACCGACGAUCCUCCUCCACCGUUAAUUGAAAGAGUCCGAGAACAAACAGAAGUUCACAACCCGCCCACUCCAUUGGAUGUUGUUCCGCCACCAACCAAGCCCCAAGCCGAUUCCUCUGGAGCCCCCAUACCUCCAAUCCAGAGGGAGACAGUCAUCGAGAAUCCGCCAGCUGUUCCUUCCGUCCAGCCGCCUCCUUCUCAGAGGGAGAAUGUGACCCCUACUCCUACAAAUCCGCCAAAGCCCUCAUCUCCGCCGCAGCCAACGCCUCCACCGGCUCACAAACCGCCACCCACACCAACUUCCAAACCUGCACCCCUGCCAUCAGCCACACGCACAUCUCGCCGAUCCAACAAAGCUCAACCUCCAAAACGCUUUGGAUACGAUGGACAUGGACCCGCAGGAUACAACGCACCUCUAAAAUCGCAAAGUCCAGAAACCAACAACUUCUACACUUACUUUUCAGCAUACUUCAACCAUUCGAACAUUGACCUGGAACACUCCCAUGACUGCAGCUUCAUUCCAAGCUCGUACAAAGCGAGAGCGACCAAGGACCCAGACGUUUUCACUUACAAUGAAGCGGUCAACGGUCCCAACAGCGAAAAGUGGACUGCAGCAGCAAAGAAGGAAAUUGAAGAACUUGAAGGAAAACUCACCUGGAUUGAAGUCCCAAUGUCGAAAGCGAAGACCAAGAUCAUUCCUGGAACUUGGGUCUUUCGUGUCAAGAGAAAUCCAAGCGGAGAAAUGACCAAAUUCAAGGCAAGAUACUGUGUGAGAGGAGACCUGGAAGAAAUGGAUGUUGACGAAAACACGUUUGCACCUACCGUUGCAUGGAGUACUGUCCGUCUGUUUCUUGUCCUUUGCUUGAUCCUUGGAUGGGCCACCGUCUCGGUUGACUUCAGCAAUGCAUUCGUACAAUCCAAACUGGACAAACCAAAAUGGGUACACUUACCUCGAGGAUUCGUCUCUCCAAAGGGCAAAGGAACAUGCCUUCAACUCAACAAGUCACUAUAUGGGACCAAAGCUGCCCCCGCACUAUGGAAUAAGACCGCCGUGGAAGGAUUCACCAAGUGUGGAUUCAAACAAUCUGAUUUUGAUCCGUGUCUUUUGUACAAGAAAGGCAUGAUGGUGGUUCUGUAUGUUGAUGACGCUGGAAUCGGUGCCAAAGAUCCAGCAGACAUCGACAAGCUCAUUGAGGAACUCAGAGAACUCAAAUUUGAACUGAAGAAAGAAGGCGAUUUCAAUGAGUUUCUUGGUAUAAAAUUUGACAAACGCAAAGAUGGUUCAGUCGAACUUACCCAGACUGGUUUGAUUGACAAAGUUUUGGAAGCAGCCGGAAUGACCGAUUGCAAUCCCAAUCGAAUCCCUGCUACUGGUCCCCUUGGCAAAGAUCCUGAUGGUGAACCUAUGAACGAAGAAUGGAACUAUCGAUCAAUUGUCGGAAUGUUAAUGUACCUCUCGACAAACACACGACCAGACAUUACCUUUGCUGUCAGCCAAGUGGCACGAUUCUCCUCUGAUCCAAAGCAAUCCCAUGCAACCGCCGUGAAAACAAUUCUUCGUUACCUGAAACGCACUCGCACAAAAGGCAUGAUCAUCAAGCCUACAGGAAAACUGAACCUUGAUUUGUUUGUCGAUGCUGACUUCUGUGGACUCUACAACACCGAACCUCACACUGAUCCAAACUCCGUUCGAUCACGCACCGGGUUUAUUGUAAAAUUGAGCAAUUGCCCGCUGGUUUGGCGCUCCCAGCUUCAAACAUCCAUCACUUGCUCCACGCUCGAGGCCGAAUACAAUGCUCUCUCUUCUGCUCUAAAGACCUUAAUUCCAUUGAAGCGUCUUCUCAUUGAAGCCACCGACCAUGUUGAACUUGACAACGGCAUCCGCGCCACCAUUCGGGCCUCAGCAUUUGAAGACAACCAAGGAGCAUAUUUUCUGGCCACCAAUCAAAGAAUCACAUCUCGCACCCGCUGGUAUCUCAACAAGUGGCACUGGUUCUGGCAACAUGUCACCAAGGACGGUGUUGGCCCAGAAACUGUUGCCAUCCACGAGCUCGACACAUCGCUCCAAGAUGCUGAUUACUUCACAAAGGCACAGUCUUGUGAACCUUUCGAGAGCAAUCGCUUUCGAGUGCAAGGGUGGUAA